AUGGCCCCGACAAUCUGGGAAAGGGCCAAGGUCGGCGGCAAGAAAGGCUUCGAUAAGGCAUGGAACACAGUCGAUAAGCUCGGCGCUCCCGUCAACCGUCUGUCGAAUCGGGUCGGAGCCGAGGCCUUUUGGCCCAUGACUCUAGACAAAGAAAGCGACAAGGCCGCUCGGAUCCUUCGCAGCUUCUGCAAAGACGGGUUCUAUGCCAAUACCACAGAAGACGCUGAUCGCAUCAGCACGGAUAGCAAUGGCAAGAUUGAUCGCCCCAAGGGCAAGCAGCGAGUGCUCAAGAAGAUUCCCGCCGCAGUCAUCCAGCGCGCAGUGGGCCUCGCCAUCUUCACGACCAUGCGGACGGGACUCUGGGUAAGUGGCUCGGGAGGCAGCGGUGUGCUCCUGGCCCGGAUCCCCGAGACAGGCGAAUGGAGUCCCCCAUCCGGGAUCAUGUUGCAUACCGCGGGGAUUGGGUUUUUGGCCGGCGUUGAUAUCUAUGACUGCGUGGUGGUCAUCAACACACACCAAGCGCUGGAGGCUUUCAAGAAGGUGCGGUGUACAUUGGGAGGAGAAGUCAGCGCAGCGGCUGGUCCAUUUGGACUGGGAGGAGUGCUCGAGUCGGAGGUUCACAAGCGACAGGCGCCUAUUUGGACGUAUAUGAAGAGUCGGGGUCUGUACGCGGGUGUCCAAGUCGAUGGCACGGUUAUCAUCGAACGCACGGACGAGAACGAGCGAUUCUACGGCGAACGUAUUUCGGUCAAUGAUAUUCUGGCCGGCAAAGCGAGACAUCCCCCGAGCGCCAUCCGGACGCUCAUCCAGACCAUCAAAUCCGCUCAAGGCGACACUGACGUCGACGAGGACGUGAUCCCUUCACCAGGAGCCACACCGGGUGACGUCGAACUCCAACCUGCCUCCACCUUUGGGGUUCCAGACCCCGAGGAUCCUGAUCCGUUUGGCGUCAAGGCCCUAGAAGCUGAGGGAUUGUUCAUCCGCGAAGCUGGCACUCGAACGCGUCCGACGCAAGCUGUUUUCGAAUUUAAGCCCAGUCCUAGCAGUCCCAUCUACUCCACUUUCCGGCGCAGUAUGGACAGUUCGCCUCGCAGCAGCUGGCGCGCUAGCGUCCAGAGCCACAUCAGUGUGGACCGGGGGACGCAGACUGACGGUGCACCCUUCACGGCGGCCACCUCGGUCAGUCGGGCCUCAUCACGAAGCAAUCGAAGUGUUGCGGGUCGCACCGAAGCCAAUCCGUGGGACGGGUGGGAAACCGUGAUACCCGAGCGACCCACCGAUCUGACCAGAGAUCGAGACUAUGACAGUGACCAGGAUUCAUUGGAUGACGAUUUCGAGGUGCACGAGAUCAGCAGUGUCACGGUCUCCAAGCGCGAGAGCACCACUCCCUCGUCUCCUGUCUCGAUCGAAGAUACCACCGUCCCUCCUGAAGUGAAACGCCAUUCACCCACCUUCACCCGUGCCCGCCUCGUUACCAUUCCCAAGCGUCUCCCCCCAACCCUCCCCCCUCGGAACCCAUCCCGACAGCCCGUCUCCCAAUCGACACCAACCUCCCCUACGUCUCCUACUUCCUCCUCGCCGGAUGGCCGGCGGUCCGUGGUGUCCAACCCUGGACAGUCGACCAACGCCUUCUCUGAACUUCCUUUCCGCCCUCUCGACGACUCGACGACGAGCCUCCCCUUGAACGAGAUUUCAUUGUCACCGACGCAGGCGCCCACGGAGAAGGACGAGUUCCACUCCGUGUCCAGUGCUCAGGUCUCGGACAAUGAGCUGGACGACAAGGAGGUGCCUAGCCUUGAGCAAUUGAAAAUGAAAACCUCAGCCGAGAGUGAGGGCACUUCCACUGAGAAGGCGGAGAGUGAAGAAACCACACUUGAGGGGGGCAAGAGCCCGGUUGAGAGUGAAAAGUCUCCAGUCGAAAGCGAGAAGGCGGAGGUCAAGUCAAUUGAAGCCAAGUCAGAGACUGCCGGCGACGAGUCGACUUCCACCCUGGAAGUAAACGGCUUGGACUUGGAAAAGACCAAGUCUCUCUCCGAGAGCGAUAGCCACAAAACCGCCGCGGAACUCGCGCAUGCCACAUAG